CAGGUGUGUGACCUGAUGUCCUGCUGUGUGCAGGGCUGCCGGAGCGUGGAGGAGUUCCAGUGCUUGAACCGCAUUGAAGAAGGCACUUACGGCGUCGUCUACAGAGCCAAAGACAAGAAGACUGAUGAAAUUGUGGCCCUGAAACGACUGAAGAUGGAGAAGGAGAAGGAGGGCUUUCCCAUCACCUCCCUCAGAGAGAUCAACACCAUCCUGAAGGCCCAGCACCCCAACAUCGUCACCGUCCGGGAGAUCGUCGUGGGCAGUAACAUGGAUAAAAUCUACAUUGUGAUGAAUUACGUGGAGCAUGAUCUGAAGAGUCUAAUGGAGACCAUGAAACAGCCCUUCCUGCCCGGUGAGGUCAAAACGCUGAUGAUCCAGCUGCUGAGAGGUGUCCGUCAUCUCCAUGACAACUGGAUCCUUCACCGUGACCUGAAGACCUCCAACCUGCUGCUGAGCCACAAAGGCAUUCUAAAGAUUGGAGACUUUGGUUUGGCUCGAGAGUACGGCUCUCCGCUCAAGCCCUACACACCUGUGGUGGUCACUCUGUGGUACCGCUCACCUGAUCUGCUGAUGGGGGCAAAGGAAUACUCCACAGCUGUGGACAUGUGGUCGGUCGGCUGUAUAUUUGGAGAACUCCUCACACAGAAACCUUUAUUCCCUGGCAAAUCUGAGAUUGAUCAAAUCAACAAAGUUUUUAAGUCUCUCUUCCUGUGUGUGUGUGUGUGUGUGUGUGUGUGUGUGUGUGUGUCUCCCAGUGAGAAGAUCUGGCCGGGAUACAGCGAGAUGCCUGCGGUGAAGAAGAUGACUUUCACAGAAUAUCCCUACAAUAACCUCCGCAAGCGCUUCGGAGCACUGCUGUCCGACCAGGGCUUUGACCUCAUGAACAAGUUUCUGACGUACUGCCCUGCCAAGCGGAUCAGUGCCGAUGAGGCACUUAAACAGGAGUAUUUCCGGGAGUCGCCGCUCCCCAUCGAGCCCUCCAUGUUCCCCACAUGGCCGGCCAAGAGCGAACAGCAGCGGGUGAAGAGAGGAACGAGCCCACGACCGCCGGAGGGAGGACAGGACUUCAGCCAGCUGGGUGAUGAUGAUCUUAAAGAUACUGGUUUCCAUUUGACCACUGCUAACCAGGGCGCCUCCAAAGCCGGUCCAGGAUUCAGCUUGAAGUUCUGAGCUCCAGCGGCCAGCAGGCUUUCUUUGCGUAUGUGUGACACGAUGCUGAGACUCAUUUAGAGAACGAGCAUCAGAGAGCAGUUCGCUGAACCUCACUGGGACACAGACUCUGGGGAACAGUUUUUAUUUUACGAGCACAGAGGACCUCCAUGAAGUUCAAAUGCUUUAAAUUCCUCACGUUCAUCUGAAAUAUAAUGCGUUGGUUUGUUUUGCUUGGUUUCCUUGUUCUUUUGUCCAAUCUAAAAACAAGCAGCAGAUCAGCAUUUUCAGACCUCUUUUAUUUUUUCCUCUUCAUUUGCAGUUGUAGUUGGGAGUAAGAUGUUGAAAACCCAUUUUAGUGACAUCAAAUGAAUAUUAAAAUAAAUCCAUUUUAAAAACGUU